CAUAGAUUAUCAGUCAUCACAGCUAAAACCGCAGCUGAGGAAGAAGGUCAGCGUCUUGUACAGAAGGUGUGGAUGUUUGGUUCCUGGGUACCUGUGUGUGGUUUUCAGCAAACGAGCCCCUGCAUAAGCCUGCCCACCAUGUCCCUGUAUUCCUCAAAGCUCCAGUUGAGCGUAUCACUGUGUCUUCUCCUCCUCCUCCUCCUCCCCUGUUUGCUUCUGCGCCCUACGUACUCCUCCACCACAAGACCAAAUGGGGACAACCUCUUCUCAAAACCCAGAGCUAAUUGCUCCAAUGGAUGUGCUACUAAUACAACAACAAAGACCUCUUUGGAUGGUGUGAAAACAAGUCCUCCACCGAAGACUUUGGUCUCUGCCUUAAACCCUAAUAACGCUUCAGAUGCCGUCAUACCGACCAACUCUAGUAGCAAGGUUAAUAACAGUCUGCAACUAAAUGCAAGCACUCAGUCCUUCCUGAAAUCGGCAUCCCCCAACCACACCACAGUCAGCCACAACAGACUUAGUGACUCUGUAACAUCAGUGAACAAAAAUGAACAAACUACAGAAGGAGCCCUUUCUUCCACACCUUCAGCAUCCUUUGAGCAGCCAUCGUCACAGGAGCAUCUCAAAUCACCAGAGGCAUUUAUCCCCACAGGCUUGCCUGCUCAGCGCCUGCAUACUGGAUCCACCACCAGCACUAGCAGUAUAACAGCAACCACUUCAGAGUCUGUUAAGAAUGUGGUCACUACACCUGUGAAAUCUACAACCUCAGCACCAGCAACAACAACAAGAACAACAGUAGCCCCACAGUUGAUGACAAUAGCUCACACAAGUGUUGCUGUUACUGCUGUCCGUGGUUCAGACAUUUCUUCAUCGGCUGCCCUGCCACACCCCAGUAUUGAGGUUGCACCAGUUCAGACAUCAUCUUUAACCACAUCACGAUCUGCUAUAACUGUUGUCAGUACUCAUGCCAAUCAAAAUAAAUCUUUUGCCUCAGCUACGAGGGUCCCUGUGGUAGAAGAGGCGGGAGCUGUUCUGACCAAGCAGCUCGUCGAUACGGCGUCUUUACUGGCUGUCCUGCUCUUUGGCCUGCUUUUCUUCUUGGUCACAGUGGCAGUGUUUGCCAAACAGGCCUACGACAGCUACAGGAGGAAGGACUACACGCAGGUCGACUAUCUGAUAAAUGGCAUGUACUCAGACUCUGGGGUAUGAGACAGGAAGAGGAUAAUCAUAUUUCAUGAAGCUUUUUCUUUCUUUGACUCGGAGCAGGAAAAACAAAACGAACUAAAUGACAGACUAACUGAACGGUAAGAUGGUGCUGUGAAUUUACAGGAUGGUUCAGUUAGUUCAGCACGAAAUGGAAAUGGAUGAUUCUGAGUACAGCUCACUGACGAUAAAAUGGUGAUGCACACUGAUCUGUUUUCUAGCAGCUCCUGUUUUUUUUGGGUUUUUUUUUUUUUUGGUGGGGGGAUUUUAUGUUAUGUCAAAAAUCAAACCCUAUAGCUUACAUUUGGUUCUGCUAGUGGCCCUGACAGGAUUGGAAUCAGUUACAGGUUGUUGGUCAGUCUGUCGGCUGGCUCAGUUGGGACGUUUCCAAAGCUCAGCAGAUGACCUCUUCAUCAGUUAAUUUACUGCUGGUACGAAAUGUCGAGAUUAUCUAAAAGUAGAGUUGUAAAAAAACCAAACCAGUAAUUUAUUGUUUUUUUGUUUUUUUUUUUUAAAUUUGUAAACAUUUUUUCCUAAGUGACAUCUAUAUAAGGACCAAAUAAGAAUGUUAUGCCCAACAUAUGAUUCAUUUCUUUGUGAUUACCUUGAUACUUAUUUCAUUUUUGAAAAAGUCAAUUGACAUACAUCUCAGUGCCAAAUAGGGUAACUGACAAAGAAUAGCUCUGUGCUUAAGGCAUUUAAAAUAUGUCAUAUUGCAAAUUCUUUCUAAUGUGGUUUAUGAAUUGGCCACAGUGAUAAUUCAGUUAUUCAGUGCUUCAUGCAGCAGUGCACAAAACAGUUUCUGCUUGACAGGUUUUGAAGUUCUUUCAAUUCAGAAAUGACUGUUUUAGACGGUAUUUGUUUACAUUUUUGGAAUUUGGUGUUGCUGAUUUGACCACAACAAUAAUAAUUACUGUUAUUAUUAUUUUUGCUCUUUACAAUUAGAUAUAUAACCUUGAUAGUGAAGAAAUGUUCAUCAGAUCUCAGUCACGUUUUGUAACCUUCCCAUUCCAGCCCCUGUACACAGUGUUGCACUGUUUACUGCAAAGUAGAUUAUUUGUUUUGUUAUUAAUCCUCUACAGAAAAAUGGGGUAAAAAUGAAUCACACAUAGAUCUAAGUGUAUAAAAUCACUCUUGCAACAUUUGACAGAAAUCUAAUGUGACGUUGUAGCUCAAAUUUGCCAAAUAUUUUGUGGUGGCAUUACAUUUCUCGGCCCUUCCCAUCUUUAAGAUGUCACAUUUUCCACAUGUUUUUAACUACAGCUGGCAGUGAAUGAUGCAUACUUGUUGUAAUUUCCAACCACAAUGCUAGACUCAGACUCACUGUUGAUGCUUUUCUAAAGUAAUCAUUAUCAACAUGGUGAAUUACUGCAGCUCUGUCCUCACAGUUACAGGUGUGAGACACCUGGGUCUGUUGUAGUAUUAGUCUUUUGUAGUCUUGGCCAUCAUUUCUAUGAAAAAGAAAGAAGUAGCUGUUCGCUCACUGCAGAACUCCAGAUUCCUCAUUUAUUACAUCUAGGGAUAUUUCAAGCACACCUGCUUUUCAUCAGACGGCGACACACCAGGCAGUGCCAUCUGAAAUCAGCUGCGAACAGUCACGUGACCACGGCAAAUUGCAAAUGCAUCCAGUCAACAACCUUGUACAGGACAAAGAAUUGAUAAGUGAAUAAUUUGCUGAAUAAAACCAGCAGAUUAGAGAGAGAGAGAUUAUUAAAUCCCAGCUGUGUGUACUUUGAGUUUGACCUCAUGUGAAGUCGAUGAAAUAGUCUGGAUACGCUUCUGGCUUGUUUGUAGUCUAGUGAUGGAAAUGGUCAGUAAAGCAUCAUUUUAGCUUCCAUUAAAGAUGGCAAAGCUAAAAAUCAACUUGUAUAAACCAGGAUCUGAUCAGCACAGACGGGUGAACUUGAACCAGCCUGUCUCAAACUUUAUUCAAAGUAAAUGAAUAUGUGGAAAACUUGUGGAAGCGUUGAUGUUUUCUCAGAAAGACAGAAAUUCUGCACAGGUGCUGCUGCCAGCUAAUUACACUGCAAGAUGUGUUUCCAUUGCUCUGGUUAAGUUUCCAUCAGAUGUGGCCGCGUGUGUUGAAGCCUGAUGUUGGUGGAUCAGGGCCAGAGUGCACACUGUGGUGUCUGCUUUAGUUAACAGGCCAGAGAGAGACCACAGAGACAUUUAAGUCAUCAAGCUGAGGAUUUUCCACCCACUGUCACUCUGUUAAUGUCAGUUCACUUGUUCUGUUGUGUGAAAAUUACAUGCAGCACAGGCCACGCUCACAGAGCCUGUUUGGCUGGCAGCUCUUCCACUUGAAGGUCAGACAGACACACUAACACUGCUUCAUGUUAAAACACACAGCUCCUGCUAUGUUUACAGCUAGCAUUAAAACUACUCUGCCCUCUGAGGAGGAUGAAAUCUGAGAUUUUUGGAAACUAGCCAGUUUGGUUUGAAAAGUUCAGGAUUGUGCAGGAUCGCAGGCUGUGACAGUCAGAGGGUCGUAUCCGUCACUGCUGACUCUCAGCAGCAUAUUCAUCAUGAAUAUCAAAUUGCAGGUGUUGCUGCCCUUGUAUAGCAGCCACUGUGCAGCUAAACUCUCCAGAUUAGAUUGAGGUUUGAUUGAGAAACAUGUCAUUGUAGCCUCAAUGUGUCUAGCUGCAUGAAAUGACUAUGAUAAACGCCUGUGUUUGACACAUCAAUUCAUUUUAUUAGUUUAAAGGCAAAUUCUACCUUUAUUACAUAUGCUACAGUUGUUACAAAACACAACAUUGCAGUUUGUGAGAAACGGCAGUUAUGCUCAUACAUUAGGUUGUCCAAGAUGUUCUUAACUUAGCAGCUAACUCCCACUAUGGAUAAACCUACUAGACUAUUGUAGCUGCUGCACGAGUUCAGCUAAAGCAGGGUUGCGGUUGAAUAAUCAUUUUGUCUCAGUAAAAAUGAUUUGAUUUGACCGAUGAUGCAGCUCAUCGUGGAACUCAGCGAUGCAUUUAAUAUCAAGUCUUUUGAAGUGAUGUUAGGGUUGAAGCAUAACUCUCUUUGUAUUAUUAAUGUCAUGUGAGUGUUGCUGUAACGCCAACCCUUAGUCUGAUUGUUCAUUUUAUGUAAACUUUUAGAUUAUAAAUCUUAAAGUUAAACUAGGUCAUCUCCAGCACGACAUUUCAUAUUUUUGAUAACCAGUAGGCUCUUCAAACUUUUUUUUUUUGUUGUUGGAUAAUAUCAGAUUUUAUUUUAAGCAGGUUAAAAUUCAUAAUAAGGUUUAGUGUCUAAACCUUUAUAGUUCAUAUUUGAAACAGUAUCAUUUUUUCAUGGCAGUUCCACGAACAACAUUCUCUUUUUAGUAGUCAGACACUUUUCAGAAAUCUUUAUGAAUUCUCCUUCACACUUUCCCUCGGCUCAUGAUGUUUUCCGUAGAGGUCAGUGAAUAACAACCAGGAAAGAUAAAGGAUUUAUUUAAGGACUGCAACCCAUUAAUGGCAGAUUUUAUAGUAAACAAACCUCACUAUGCUAAAUACUCAGAUUUUCCAAAUGUUAGAGGGUUCCUUUAAAAGUAUUCAAAGUUCUCUUUUCCAUGACAUUUCAUUAGCUUUCAUUGCUACAGACGACAUUUCAGCAGUGUUCCUUUGCACGUGUCUUCCAGUGAAUCACAGGAACAAGGCCAUACUAAAUUGUUUAUUUCUAUUUUUUUAGAUUCUCACAGUGAAUGUAUUGUUUUUAAAUAUACUGAGUAUAUAUUGUCUUAUUAACGCACUGUGUCUUUGCCUGUUCAUAUAACUGCUAUGUUUAGUCCAAUUUUCUUCUGGCUUACCUCACUGCUCUUUCCCAUGCCUUUGUAAGAAGCAACAUGAAUGUUAAGCCAUUUAUUGAGUCAUUUUCAUUACAUUUCAACAUUCCUUCAAAUGUGCACAAUGUUUUACACUAUUUGCCAUAAAGAGAGAAAGCAGCAGAUGUUUCAUAAAGAAUGAGAUGGUGUAGGUCAUGAAAAUCAUUCCUUCUACAACGAUAAGUAAAAGCUCUGCCACAUGAGGCUGGUCUCUUUCUAUUACAGAAACUUUAGAGAUCAGGUGCAUUUCCAUUUUACCAUAUAAUCUACUUAUUGUCUUGGUUUUAGACUGAGUUUCAUCCUCCGGUCCUUUGCCGAGUGGUUCUCAGUGAUUUAGCAGUGCGCUACAAAGGCGGUCCUUCAUUGCCAUACACUGAUUUACUUUUGCCUUUUCUUGAGCACAUUGUAUUUGGUGUAUUCUUCCAAUAGAGUACACAGCUGAUGGAACUUCACCAAAUAAUUCACUGAAGCACAUCUUUGUGUGAUAAAGCCAAGGGAAACAUAAAGCCAUGAUCAGUUAGUGACUGAAUGAGAGGGACCUUGAACUGUUCCACAACAGCAUGGUGACCUUUCUGGGUUCAUCUGAAACCUACACAGAUUUCAAAUGAAAAUGUAAUGUUGUAUUUCUGCUGUAAAUGCAUUCAACCCUACCUGCCCCUGCUCGCGUUCGUCUUUGAGAGGAGACGACUCUCUUGUCUUGUGGCAAUGCACUGAUUGGGUCACAAGAGCUUGAGAGGGGAUCAGUAUGGCAGGCUGUUAUCUUUGUUUUUCUCAAACAACCUUGUUUUUUUUGUUGUUGUUUUUUUUAAUGAUAAUGUCUUCAUCACAUUGGUCUCACUUGGUUUUGAAUUUAUUUGCAUAUAUAUGAUUUUGUUAAUCAUAAAAACCAAAGGUACAAUUAAAAAAAACUGUAAAAGUUUGAUGUGCAAAUCUCAAAGCGGUUCUUAACUGCCUGUACACGCUCUGUGAUUUCUCCUCAUCAAAUGAUAGCUGAUGCUUUUGAGACUGUUUCAGACAAUGACAACCCGCUUUUGUUCUCCUCGACAAUUGUCUAAUUAGUUCAGAAAGCUUCCAGUUCCUAAAUCUUGUCCCUUGCUUAAAGAUACUGGAAAACUAUAUGAAUGGCAAUGCCCCUGCAUAGGCAGCAGGAAAAUCACUUGGCUCCACCUUAGAGUUUGCUGGUAGAUAUGGUUAUUUUCCCAUCAAAGGAGAGUUUGUAUUAAUGGCUAUUUCUGCAUGGUUUACAAAAACAGCCUUAGAUUUUCUCAAAAUUUAAUCUUUCCUCAUUUUUUCUGUGUUAUUGAACAGAAUUCUGUUUGGGUUGUCAUUUCUUCCUUUUUUUUUUCCUGUAAGAAUAAUCAUGUAUCAAAAGUUUUAUUAUUAUUUUUUAAUUAAAUGGCAAAAUGAGAACUUGUUAAUUCUAACCAUGACCUCUCUAGGCUUCUGUAUGCGUUUGGAAUACUUUGAUUUUUUUUUUCCUCUGAUGGAGGAGAAAAAACCCAUUUUUGUUUUGUUAUCAGUAUCACCCAAAUUGCAACUUCAUGAAAACAUUUUGUAAUGUUUAUUUGAGGUGUAUUUCCACUUUUCUGAGGUCACUGAAAAGUGACAAAGUCCUGACUUUUUGAAACAACAUAAUCUAUAGUUGUUAGAGUGUCUGCAAUGAUGACAUAAAUGUCUUUUAUGGCAGUCAGAAUGUGGUUCAUACUGUAUCAAAUUGUCUUGGAUUGUGUCGUCGUGUCCAUUAAGCGAGUGGAUUUUUCCCCCCAAGUGAAGAUGGUUUACUGAUGUCAGUAAUUUCAUAGUUUUUCCAUAGAUCCUGGAACCAGUGUGGACUGUGUUAAAGGUAAACUUGUGUUUGCGGUGACUGAUGUGCAGGAUGUCAUGAAACGCGACACCUGCCCUGUGCCAACCUGAUGUUCUGAUGCACUUUGAACAGAGAUUUUUACUUUGCAGAAAAUAAAUGAAAAAAGAACCGAA